UGCACAAACUUCCGAGAAGGUUGCUCGAAACCCUGUUAGGGAUUUCCCUUUAUUUGAUAGUCUUGUUGAUUGAUGUGAAAUUGAAAAAACGCAGUAUUAAAAGGCUAGAAGCACGGCGCCAGUCAUGUCAGAGACAUACGAUUUCCUGUUUAAGUUUCUUGUGAUAGGAAAUGCAGGAACUGGGAAAUCUUGUCUGCUUCACCAGUUUAUAGAAAAAAGAUUCAAAGAUGACUCGAAUCACACUAUUGGGGUUGAAUUUGGUUCAAAGAUAAUCAGUGUGGUCAAUAAGUUUGUCAAGCUCCAGAUCUGGGAUACAGCAGGACAGGAACGUUUCAGGUCUGUAACACGCAGCUACUACAGAGGGGCAGCAGGGGCUCUUCUUGUAUAUGAUAUUACUAGUCGGGAAACAUACAACGCUCUGACUAACUGGCUGACAGAUGCUCGGAUGUUGGCCAGCCAGAACAUAGUGAUUAUACUGUGUGGAAAUAAGAAGGAUCUGGAUGCUGACCGUGAAGUCACCUUCCUGGAGGCCUCGCGUUUCGCUCAAGAGAAUGAGCUCAUGUUUUUGGAGACCAGUGCACUAACAGGGGAGAAUGUGGAGGAAGCUUUUGUGCAGUGUGCUCGAAAAAUCCUUAACAAAAUAGAGUCAGGAGAGCUGGACCCGGAGCGGAUGGGUUCCGGGAUCCAGUACGGAGAUGCAGCGUUGCGGCAGCUGCGUUCUCCCAGGCGGGCUCAGGCAGAGAGCGUGCAGGAGUGUGGAUGUUAACAAAGAUCCCAGACAACUGACCAACCAGGCCAAGGUUGUGUGAACACGAGGAGGACGACGGUAGUCGGGGCGUGUGAUGUACGGCUCAUCGUGGUGGAGCGUCUGUUUCCCUCACCUUACUUUCACUUCUGUUCUGACAUGCCGAGGACCCCCUUAAUUUCCUGAAGGAUCCGGAAAAUGUUUACUUUCCCCCUCGGGCCCGCAGGCAAAGACAUGUGUGGUACCCAAAACCCUGAGGGUAGUUAAAAGAUCUGGCUCUUGCCCCUGAGAAUACUGCACUGAGCCCCGUCUUUUCCUUUUCCGUAUGUAGAUGUUGUGUAGAGAAGAGUUUAUAUUAUCACCGUGGAGCAUGUUUCAUGGUUGCAGUACUACUACAUAUUCAUAAAUGACUAUAUACAGCAUAUAUAUAUAGCUGCAUCACUGCUCUAUGGCACGCACCUGUAAUUAUUAUCAACGAUGUGCAUUCUCGCUUUUAAUUAGCGUUAUUUUUUCCCAUUAUUGUUAGGAUGGUUUAGGAUAGUAUACCAGAAAGUGGUUGACAUUUGUCAAAAAGUUUUGUUCUUGUAUUGUAAUUUACAUUUAAAAUGUCAGCCAGCGCCCACUUGCCUUCAUAUCACACUGUAAUUAAUUGUCAGUAUGGACAGCUUCAAUAUCAGUGUUACAGCCUCUAUAUUUAUAAAGUGUCCCCAUGCUGCAUUCCCAUUUUUAGGUGUUUGUUGAAAUGAUACUGUCGUAUUUAAAGUGAUUCUUUUUUUCGAGAAUUUCUUUUUUUAUUAUUAUUUUACUUUCUAAAUCUAUAUUUUCCAUGGUCUUCUAUACAUUUUAAAUGGACAUAUCUUAAAUAAGCUUGCAUCGAAAAUGAAUGCUAAAAUGUGAAAGCACUUCACUUUGCUUGUCAUUGUCUUUAUAUCAAUCAUUUUAUGUUUGUAAAAAUGGCAAUUUGUUAAAAUGAGGCAGAUUGCCAAGUCAUGUUUAUCAAUGCAUUCAAUGGUAGUUCCUCGUUUUUCAUAAAUUCUGCUUCACAUGAACCUCAAACAUGUCAGGGAAUUCUGUAGUACUGAUCAAAAGUCUGAUUUAGCUGCUGAAUGUAAAAUCUGUUUGUAAAAUUUAUGUAGUUUCCAAUCCUAUUUUGCUUAACAUUCAAGUUUUCUUAAAAUAAAUAAAUAAUAAUUAAAGGGUUUAAUUAAAGUGAAUAAGGAAGAUAAUGCCAGAUAUUGUCAUUGCUCCUUGGCUCUGACACAUGGAUAAGGUCCAGGAACAGCAUGCUCCAAUGAGUUGGUGAUAUCAUAAAUUUGUGCAUAGUAGUGAGAACAGUUUCGUAUAUUAAUGGCAGGCCUGUGUACAAAGUAUCCUAAACUACAAACAUAAAUGCUUUCACAUCCAUUAUAUGCUUAUGUAAAGUUUUAUACUUUAUUUUGUACUUUUACAUACCAAUAACUCUCUCUAAACAGCAACCUGUUCAAAAUUAAGACUGAAAACAAAACAAUCUCAUCACUAUUAGUGACCUAUUCAUGUGGUGAAAUAGCACUGUAAAUGUUACACAUUUAAACACAUCUCAGUUUUACAAGCUGAAAUCUAAACACAUAAACCUAAUGCCGUCCAAUCAGACAGUGGAAUGCAUAUUCAUCAUCAUAAUGUACUUCAUUAACUUUAUGGCUUCAAUACUUUUCCACUAAAACAACACUAUUCACGUAAUACAUGCUAGAAUUGACUAUAAAACAUGAUAUGGGGGGAAUACCUGUACAUUUGUUCAUACAAUACAUGCAUUCUUCCAUUAAAGAUGAUGAACUAAAUAUUAUAACCACUGAAUUUAGAAUCAGUUAAAUUAUCCUUAUAUAAAGUGUACAAAUAUCCCACUCUCA